UGGAGCCACGUAAGCAAGCCAGUCUUUCUGUUACAGUGCCACUGUGAAUCCAGCUCCCCACUGGUUGCACUACGGCAUAUUCCAGCGACCAGCAGGCCCAAGUGGUUUAUGGCACUGGAACUGCAACUGGCUCCCUGAUUGUCUACUUCUUUGCUCUUGAAUCGGCCAGCUAUCUGUCGCUGCACUACUCGGCAUCAUGGGUAAACCGGAAAAAAAGAAGGAGGAGAAAAAAGGAGUCACUAUAGAUGAGAAGUGUGAUCUCAACAUGGAGGAGGGUAAAGGACAGUCAGGGAUCUCUCAGAUGCCCAACUUACCCAAGCCUCUUACUCUGGAGGAGAAGAAAUUUCUCCUAGCGGUGGAGCGAGGCGAUUGCAACACCACCAGGAAGAUGCUGCAGAAAGCUCAUAGGCACCCUGACUACAUGAACAUGAACUGCGUAGAUCCCCUGGGGCGAGGCGCCCUCCACAUGGCCAUAUCCAAUGAGAACCUCGAGAUGGUGGAGAUGCUUGUGGUAAUGGGAGUGGAGACCAGGGACGCCCUCCUCCACGCCAUCGACUCCGAGUUCGUGGAGGCCGUCGAGGUCCUCCUCGAGCACGAGGAGGUCAUCCAUAAGGAUGGAGAUCCUUACUCCUGGGAGAAGGCUGAUCGCAACACCUCAGCUUUCACCCCAGAGAUCACCCCACUCAUCCUGGCGGCCCACCGCGACAACUAUGAGAUCCUGAAGAUCCUUCUUGACCGCGGGGCCAUGUUGCCCAUGCCCCAUGACAUCAGGUGCGGUUGUCCCGAAUGCAUCAAGACCUCAGCCGAGGACUCUCUCCGCCACUCCCGUUCUCGCAUCAACGCCUACCGAGCCCUGGCCUCCCCCUCCCUCAUCGCCCUGUCCUCCACUGACCCCAUCCUGACCGCCUUUGAACUCUCUUGGGAACUGAAGAAUCUUGCCAACACCGAGCACGAGUUUCGCGCUGAAUACUUGGAACUCCGCCGUAAGUGUAUGGGCUUCGCCGAGGAGCUGCUGAGUCAUGCUCGAUCCUCGACUGAGCUGGCCGUCAUGCUCAAUCACGACCCCGAGUCAGUCGUUCCCUACGAAGACGGUGAGCACAUGAUGCUCAAGAGGCUUGAGUUGGCCAUUGAUUACAAGCAGAAGAGGUUCGUGGCUCAUCCUAACAUCCAGCAACUGUUGGCUGCUCUCUGGUACGAGGGUGUGCCCGGCUUCAGGAGAAAGGCCGUCGUUGAGAAGUGUUUGGAGAUCUUGAAGGUUGUCGUCCUGUUCCCGGCCUACUGUAUGUUGUACAUCCUUACUCCCGAUAGCCCAACUGGCAAACUCAUGAGGACUCCCUUCAUGAAGUUUUUGACCCACUCUGCGUCUUACCUGUUCUUCUUGCUACUCUUGAUCUUGGUGUCUGUGCGAUUCGAAAACUUGGUCAUUUGGCUCUUCGGAACGGAGCAGAUGAAACGAAACCUGGAGGAGGCCAUGAGGCGACAAAGAGGAAACCUUCCGACGCCUAUAGAAUGCGUAGUCGUUCUAUGGGUCUUUGGCUUCUUAUGGGAAGAAGUGAAAGAGAUCGUGCGGGAAGGUUGGAGCAAAUACAUGAGGAACAUGUGGAACAUCAUGGACGUCAUGAGAGACAGUCUCUACGUCAUGACCAUGUUGCUCAGAACAGUCGCUUACAUCCAGCAGAACCAGGAAAUUGCAAGAAAUCCACAAACGGCCUUCAUUCCUCGUGAAGAGUGGGACACCUUUGAUCCCCAACUGAUCUCUGAGGGUUUGUUCUCCGCUGCCAACAUCCUGUCUGCUCUGAAACUGGUCCACAUCUUCAGUAUCAACCCCUAUCUCGGACCCCUGCAGAUCUCCUUGGGUCGUAUGGUCAUCGAUAUCGUCAAGUUCUUCUUCAUUUACACUCUCGUGCUCUUCGCCUUUGCUUGCGGUUUAACACAGCUCCUCUGGUACUACAACGACUUGGAAAAGCAGAAGUGCUAUUCCCUUCCCGGCGGCGAGGCAGAUUGGUCUAAGCAGGGUGACGCGUGUAUGAAAUGGCGUCGUUUCCACAACCUCUUCGAGUCUUCUCAGUCCCUCUUCUGGGCCAGUUUCGGCAUGGUAGGUCUAGAGGACUUCGAACUGACCGGUAUCCGUGAGUACACCAGGUUCUGGUCCAUGCUCAUGUUCGGUUCCUACUCCGUCAUCAAUAUCAUCGUCCUGCUGAAUCUUCUCAUCGCCAUGAUGUCCAGCUCCUACUCAUUCAUUGUCGAACACGCUGACACCGAGUGGAAGUUCGCCCGCACGAAGCUGUGGAUGUCCUACUUCGAGGAGGGCAACACCCUGCCACCUCCAUUCAACAUCUUCCCUACACCCAAGAGCUUGAUGAGGCUCUGCGGAAAGAGCACCAGGAAGGAGGAGCUCGUCAGAAGGAUGUCAAGCAGGACCCAGUCCAGACGCAGGAGGGCUCGUGAUUACCGUUACUUGGGUGUUAUGCGUGCUCUCAUCUGGCGUUACGUCUGUGCCCUUCAGCGACGCAACGAGGAGAGACCUGUCAAUGAGGAUGACAUCAGUGAGGUAAAGGGUGACAUCUCAUCUCUCAGGUUCGAACUGAUUGACCUCUUCGAAGCUAACGGCAUGGACGUCUCAAUGUGCGCUAAGAAGAGCAGGGCUGCUUUGGGUCGCAAGAUGAGAGUAUGGGAGAGGCGUCUGAUGCGUGACUUCCACGUGUCACCUGCCAUGGGUUCAGAAUCCACCUUGAAGGCCCAAGAUAAACAGGAGUCGGAGGAUGAGUCUGCCACUAGCAAAUUCCGUCGCGUAGCCAAAUUAGCAGCCAGCUCCAAACCAGCCAGUUUAGCCACCAUCGUCUCUUCAAACAAAUUAUGCGCAUCUCAAAUCGGUAGUGGUGACUCUGAGACUAAGGAAAGUCUCCAAGCUGCUAUGGAGAAAGCUCGCAGGAGGAUGGAAGAAGGUACACCAGAUGGAUCUCCCGGUUCAUCCAGAGGAUGCUCACCUUUCCCUGACCUGUACACUGGUCCUCACCUCUUGGAUGCCAUCAAGAAUCUUGACCUGAGCCCACAAGCCUCGCCUUCAGAGAGUCCACUGCCAGGAUCAAAACAAUGGUCACCACCCAGCCAGAAAGAUGGACAAGCCAAGGACUUGACAAAGCUCACAGUACCUGGACGUCGCUCACCUACAUGUCUUAGGAAGCGUGAUGAUACACCUACAAAUGUCGUAUUAGAUGUGCCAACAAAUAUCUUCUCCAAGGAUUCAAUGAAGAAACUUAGUGAAAUGAAGAAACAAGGAGCUGAACCAAAGACAGAAGCAAGCAAGCCUAAAGUACCUUCUACACCUGUUACAGUAACAACUGUUUCAGAGAAGGCUGUUCCACAACCAAAGACGGAUGAAGCUAAAACUCAGAAGGAAAGCCAGCCACCGGCAGAUAACCAAAGUGGGCUUAAACCUAGCCAAGUGAAAGCAUCUGGCUUCAAACCUAUUAAUAUUAAGCCAGUCAAGGAAGAGAAAGCCCAACCCCCACCUGCAAAGCUUGCUAACAUUGGACGUCUUCCAAGCAAGGACGGCGUAAAGGCCCCAGAGCCCGGAAAGAUUCUUCCUCCACCAGCAGCACGUAGAGCAGCACCAAGAGUUCAGCAAAUCCAGAACCAGAACUUCACCGGAACUGACGAUCUUGAGACAAUGGACUUCGUAAGGCGACCAACAAGGCCAAUUGUAAAGCAGGAUUCAAAAGAAGACAAGCGCCAUCCUACCACUCCAGUGAUUGCAGUGACACCAUCUACACCUGCUCCACCAGAAACACCUAUCCCCAUCUCACCUUCCCAUGCUAACAGGAUUGCACCAAUGGCAAAAAUUGAAAAGUCUCCUCCCCCAACACCUCUACCAGUAGCAAAGCCAGAGACAUCAACACCAGCAGGAAAACCUGCUGCUCCUAAACUAGAGGAAAAGUCUGCAGUUCCUAAGCAAGCAGAUAAGCCUGAGGCCCCUAAACCACCAGAAAAAACUGAAGCCCCAAAACCUGCAGAGAAGCCUGAAGCUCCCAAACCAGUAGAAAAAACUGAAGCCCCCAAGCCACCAGAAAAACCUGAAGUUGCUCCACAAUCUGAUAAACCAGCAGAAAAACCUGGAAGCCCCAAGUCAGCUGAUAAGCCUGCAGGAAAACCUGAGGCCCCUAAGCCAUCAGACAAACCAGGCAGUCCAGAGCAAAAGCCCUCUACUCCCCCAGCAGCCACAUUCCAAGGCAACGCUGGAGGAAGUCAGGAAGAACCACUGAUUAUGUCAGCCAAACCAAAGAAGGGUAACUGGUUGUAGAUUACUAAUUUCAGUCGGCAAAAAGUAGUUCUGUAAAUUCAAUGUCGUAUGUUAGUUUAGGAUGGGGUAAAGGUUUUUCAUUACUUGGCAUAUCCAUGGACAAUAAGUUACUUAGUAAAUCCUAAAAAAUAAUGUGACCUUUAUCUCUACUAAACUUGUCAUUUUACUUAAAUGACACUUGUGAUAUCAGAAAAAAUAUAUGCUGGAUUGAAUUUCAUAAACUCUUUAUUACACAGUAUUCUUUUGCUUUAGUACAUCACUACAUAUUAUCAUUUUAAUGAGCAUUUUUGUUUAUUCAUUAUUAUCCAUCCAUAGUGUUAAGCCAUUUUACAGUUGUGCUUAAAGACUUGUAGUCAGACAUUUUCUCAGGUGUCUAAAUGUUAGACUACUGCUCUUUUUGAACUCAACUUUUCUUUUCUGUGGAUGAUAAGUUGACAGCAGAUUUCUAGUAACCAAAACUUUUCAGGUAAAUUUUCACAAGAGAUUUUCAUAGCAUGAUGAAAAUAGCAUUCAAUAAUUUUCAUGUAAAAUCUCAAA